AUUCGCUCAAUUGACAAUUGUAUUUCCGUUUUCUUGGCAAGCAUACUAUUGCGUAUAAUCCGAAUUAUAAGACAAAGAUCAACUUGGCUAUAACAGGUUAAUAGCUUAAACAUUAUUACAAUUUUUUUCAAAUUUUAUACUUUAUCUAAAACUUUCAACUUUUCUUUUACAUUGUAUUUUUGCUAGUUUUGAUUCUUCCGGCUGAUGCAACGUGUUAUAUUUCUGUUGUAGAUUAUUUAAGAUGAACUCAAGCCUAACUUCCUCCGAACUUCGUCAGAUGUUCAUUGACUUUUUUGUGAAAAAGCAACAUAGAUACUGGCAUUCUUCAUCAACUAUUCCUUUGGAUGAUCCAACUCUAUUGUUCGCUAAUGCAGGAAUGAACCAGUUCAAACCUGUCCUUUUGGGUAUUGCUGAUCCAAAUAGCGAUUUGGGAAAACUGAAAAGAGUUGUCAAUAGUCAAAAGUGCAUCAGAGCUGGAGGUAAACAUAAUGAUUUGGAUGAUGUGGGAAAAGACGUCUAUCACCAUACAUUUUUUGAAAUGCUGGGUAACUGGUCAUUUGGUGAUUUUUUCAAGACAGAAGCAAUAGAAUGGGCUUGGGAGUUAUUGACUGAAGUUUAUAAAAUGCCAAAGGAGAGAUUAUAUAUCACUUACUUUGGAGGUGACAAAGAUCUCGGAUUAGAAGCUGAUUUGGAGACUAGAGAUAUUUGGAUAAACCUUGGAAUUCCAAAGGAGAGGGUUAUGCCAUUUGGCGUCAAAGAUAAUUUUUGGGCCAUGGGAGACCUUGGUACUUGUGGACCCUGCACAGAAAUUCACUUUGAUCGAAUUGGAAAUAGAGAUGCUGCUCAUUUAGUUAAUAUGGAUGUACCUGACGUUUUGGAAGUUUGGAACUUAGUGUUUACUCAAUUUAAUAGGGAACCAAAUAAUGUGUUUAAGCCACUUCCUUUUAUGAGCGUAGAUACAGGCAUGGGACUAGAAAGACUAGCCUCUGUUGUUCAGAAUAAAAACUCCAAUUAUGACACCGAUCUGUUUGUACCUAUAUUUAAAGCCAUUAAAGACGCUACCGAUUGCCGACAAUACACAGGAAAAGUCGGUGCUGAAGAUGCUGAUGGUGUUGAUAUGGCUUAUCGUGUUCUUGCUGAUCACGUUCGUACUCUUACCAUUGCUCUUUCCGAUGGUGGACGUCCAGAUAAUACAGGAAGAGGCUACGUUUUGAGAAGGAUUUUAAGACGAGGUAUCCGCUUUGCUUCUGAAAAGCUUAAUGCUAAGCCAGGAUUGUUUGCUUCUCUGGUUGAUAUUGUUGUCACCAUCUUGGGCGACGCAUUCCCCGAAGUCACAAAAGACCCUCAAAUAGUUAAAGAUAUUAUUAAUGAAGAAGAGACCCAAUUCUUAAAAACCUUAAGCAAAGGUCGAUUAAUUUUAGAAAGAACCAUUUCGAAAAUGGGAGACUCUAAAACUCUUCCAGGAGAGGUGGCAUGGCGUCUCUACGAUACCUAUGGCUUUCCCGUCGACUUAACUGAACUUAUGGUAGAAGAAAAAGGUUUAAAAGUAGAUUGCGAGAGUUUUGAAGCUGCAAAAAAGGAAUCUCAGCUCAAAUCCAAAGCUGGUGGAAGUACUGUAGAAGAAUUGGUUGAUCUUGACGUACAUGCCAUAACUCAUUUGAAAGAUAAAGCAGUGCCAAUAACAAAUGAUAAACCAAAAUAUCAAUAUUCUUCAAAUGAAAAUGGAGAAUACCAAUAUGAAAAGGCUGUUGGAACCAUUCUAGCUCUAAGAUUUUCUAAAGAAUUUGUCCAAGAAGUAAAAACAGGUGCUGAAUGCGGAAUCAUCCUUGAUCAAACUUGUUUCUAUGCUGAACAAGGAGGGCAAAUUUUUGAUACUGGCUUUAUUAGUAAAGAAGGCAGUGAAGAAGAUGAAAUGGUUGUCAAAUCUGUACAAGUUAGAGGAGGUUUUAUCUUACAUAUCGGAACUGUUGAAGGAACUCUAAAAGUUGGAGAUAAAGUAACACUUACAAUUGACGAGCAACGAAGGAGACCAGUUAUGUCUAACCAUACUGCUACUCAUGUUUUGAAUUAUGGUUUGCGAAAAGUUUUGGGAGAAGCUGAUCAAAAAGGUUCUCUCGUCGCACCUGAUAAACUACGUUUCGAUUUUUCGGCUAAAGGUGCAAUGAAUAGCAAACAAAUAAAGGCGGUGGAGGAUAUCUGUAAUGAAAUCUCUGAAAAGAAAUUGAAAGUUUACGCUAAAGAAGCUGAGCUGGUUAAGUGUAAGGCUAUUCAAGGAUUGAGAGCGGUUUUCGAUGAAGUUUAUCCUGAUCCUGUAAGAUGCGUUUGCGUUGGGAUCCCAAUUGAUGAUUUACUCUCGGAUCCUGAUGGACCGGCUGGUUGUAAUCAUUCUGUAGAAUUUUGUGGUGGAACUCAUCUUCAAAACAGUUCGCAUAUUGGUAAGUUUGUUAUUGUCUCAGAAGAAGCCAUCGCUAAGGGAAUAAGACGAGUUGUUGCUGUUACUGGAAAUGAAGCUUCUAAAGCUAUUCAUAAAUCCGAUGUGUAUGAUAGGGAAGUUAAGUCUAUCGAAGAAAAAGUAAACGAAUACUUUAAAGAUUCUACCAAGUUUACUCAGAAAGAGCUUUUGAAACUGAUUACUGAACUAACCGAAGAGGUAUCCCAAUCCAAUACACCUUAUUGGAGGAGGGACAAUACUAAAAAUAAUUUGAAAGCUCUAAAGAAGAGAAUUGAUGAUCAAGAGAAGGCAAGAAAAGCUCAAAUCGCUGUCAAAGUAACAGAAGAAGCUAAAAUGCUAAUUGCCGAAAAGCCUAAUCAACAAAUUCUUGUUCAUUAUUUUGAGAAUUCGGAAGCCGAUGGAAAAGCAUUAGAUAAUGCUGUCAAACAAUUUAAAGCCUUAUCACCUGAAACCAGCUGCUUAUUCUUUUCGAUAGACCAAGUCAACUCGAAAAUAUUAUGUCUCGCUGUCGCACCCAAUUGCGCCGUAUCACGAGGUUUAAAGGCUAAUGAAUGGGUUUCCCAAAUUCAAGGUCUUAUGAAAGGAAAGGGUGGCGGUAAAGCCAACUCAGCUCAAUCAAAUGGAACGAAUAUUGCUUGUUUGAACGAAGCUAUGGAAAAAGCGAAAGAGUACGCUCUAAAAACUCUAAAAGAAGCUUAA